AUGGAGACUGCUGCGCACGACCGGGGGAGUGCAGAGAGCGAAGACGAGAUGCCGCUUUUGUUCAUGGACGAGUUACCGUCCAAUUUCCAGCAGAACGCGCAGCUCGCAGCUAUUGCGACGUUUAUGGACAGCUCCGACGACGAAGCGUGGGAGACAACGAGUGGCUACAAAAAAGCACGUCGCCGGGUGGUUCCAAGGAACUCGGAUAGGGGGCGACAAAAGCCUUACGCCAAUCGGAAGAGAAACGGCAAAAAGACGGAGAGCCAGAGAAAUGAAAAGAAAGGCGAACGUGCUGCUGACACCAAAGAGCUGCAGCUGUUUCUUUCCAUGUCCCACGUCACGUGA